AUGUCUAACGAUCAGUCACUCCUUGACCGCGUCGAGAUGCCUAGCAUCCCCGAGGCUGCUAUGAAGAAGAUUGCUGUUCUGGAGGAGCAGUUCUCUCGUGCUGAGGUUGAACAGUUGCGCCACUCUGUCAAGCUCAUGACCCCCCUGAUCCAGAAGCGCAGCGAGAUCAUCAACAUCCCCGAGGUGCAGGCUGAGUUCUGGAUGCGCGUGUUCGCCAGUGCUCCCCCCGAGAUCGACGAGUACAUUCUGUCCAGCGACGCACAAGUUCUCGGCGAGUGCCUCAAGAACAUGAACGUUGAGCGAUUCGAGCUUGAUGCCCAAGGCAACGGCGAGCCCCGCAGCUUGCGCUUCACCUUUGAGUUCAAGACCGGUGAGGAGAACCCCUUCUUCACCAACGAUAAGCUCGUCAAGGAGUUCUACUGGCGCCAGGAGGUCUCCAAGAACGCUGCUGGCAAGACCCGCACCUGGGAGGGUCUGGUUUCCGAGCCCGUCCGCAUCAACUGGAAGAAGGAUAUGGAUUUGACCAAGGGCAUGCUCGAUGCUGCUUGCGACCUUGCUGAUGCCGAGAAGAAGAAGGGCGGUGACCGCAAGAAGUUGCCCGAGUACGCUGCUCUUGUUAAGAAGGUUGAGGAGGCUGAGGAUGAGGUUGCCAAUGCUCAGGAUGAUGAGGAUGACGAGGACCCCAGCCCAGUUGGCAUGAGCUUCUUCGGAUUCUUCGGAUACCGCGGCCGUGAUGUCUCCGCUGCUCAGUCCAAGGAGGCUGCCAAGGAGAUCGAGGCUCGCUGGGUCAAGGUCCAGAAGGGCGAGGAUAUCGAGGAUGCCGGUGACUCCGACGACGAGGAUGAGGAGGACGAUUCCGAGGGACUCGAGGAGAUCGAUAUCUUCCCCGACGGAGAUGACCUUGCUGUUGCCAUUGCCGAGGACCUCUGGCCUGAUGCGCUCAGCUACUACGUUCAAUCCUUCCAGAUCGGCGAGGAGCUCGAAGAUAUGGACCUCGAUAUGGAGGAAAUGGACGGAGAGGACUCCGAUGAAGAAAGUGAGUCGCGCCCGCGCAAGAAGGCUCGCAACUAG